CUUUGAUAUAUUUAUCAAUUAAGAAGAUACCUUACAAAAUUAAAAUACAUAAUUGGUAGAGAAUCAUGACCAUAGAUUAAAAAUUAAGUACCAUUUGAGAAUUCUCGUCCUUAUAUCAAUCAAUUAAUAAAGCCUUAAUCUCAUGAGUGGGGUCGCCUACAUGAAUCAAAAGCGAUUAUUCCAUGUAAUCAUCAACAAAAAUCUUCUUCCUCUAACCCUUACGAUCCAAUGCCUCAUCCUCAUUUAAAUUAAUAUAUUUCGUAUCCUUCCUAACUCCUUCCAACCAAGUCAUUUCGGUGUCUCUCUCCUUCGUUUAACCCCUCCAUGGUCCCACUCUUCCACUAUUCGUACCAAUGCAUUCUCGAGUCUCCGUCUUACAUGCCCAAACCAGCGUACGUAAACGAUUUUCUCUUAAUUUGUCUGCAAUGCCUGUCACACCUACUUUCUUGCGAAUAACCUCAUUUCUGAUUCUAUCUCUUAAAGUGUUCCCGCACAUCCACCUUAACAUGCACAUUUCCAUAACCUUCAUAUUUUUAAUAGUUAUGGAUAACUUGACAAUUCUAAUUCGAAUCAUGUGCUUCUUUAACAUUUUGUACGAUAAAGCAACACUGAACUCGUAUGGUCUUAUUAUGAAAGUCCUGUAAAAUUUUCCCUUCAACAGUAAGGGAAUGUUUCGAUCACAUAACACUCCCGUCCUUAUAUGACUUAUUUAAACAUAACCCUCUAAUCUUACAAAGUUAAUAAUAAUUGCUAAUGUUUUUGGCAAACUAUCUAGGGAUUAAUCCAUGGUAAUUUAGGAGAUUGUGAGUAAGAAAUUUCUAUAUAUAUAUGUGCAAGAAGGCAUGCACGGCAUCCCAUUAGCAUCGUGAUAAUUACGGUAAAAACUAUACAUUUAUAGGAAAUAAAAAGUAGGUUGAAUGAAACAAUGCAAUUCCCAAUUGUUUAAAUAGAGCUUAAAUAUACAAUUCUGUUUCUAUUUGUUUCACCAUGCAUCAUGCAUGCGACAACGUAUGUGGUCCUAAUGAUGAUGAUUUACUAGAUCAUAUUCAUCGUUUAUUUUUAAUUUGUUUUUCUAAGAUUUGUUUCUUCAAUUUCUUAUUGUUUAUUUUACGUUUUAUGUUGCAUGAUUGACGGGACAUUCUAAUAUUAGCUAAAUACUAAUUAAAUGUAUUACUCCUACGGUAGUCCUACCCUUGCAAAUUAAGAAAAUCAAAGAAUAAAUAUAAAGGAGCAUUUGAAGGGCAGAAGAGAAAUGGAUUUUUUUAAAGUGUAGAUGUGGCAAAGCGAUCGUUUGAAUCAGGUCUGGAAUAAGAUAUGAGAUACAAUAUUUAAAAUGUUAAAUAAUCAAUCAAAAUCAUAAUGCACUACAAAUCUUAACCGUACUAAUAGACAUUUAUAAAAAGUAUAUAGAGUUUUUUUAAAAAAAAAAUAAAAAUAAAAAUUAUAAACAUAGCAUUCGAAUAACAAGAUAGUGAUUUUCAAAGAAAGUAAUUAUGUAUAUUUCAAAAAAAAAAAAAAAAGAGUAAUUAUGUUAAUAAAUGGUCACAUAAUUUAACCUUUAGUCAGGUAACGGUCAUGAUGGAUGCUUGUCUUUUACUCAUGUGCGCUCCUAUGCGGCAUAAUUGGGUGUAAUUCUCCGUAUUUGCAUGCUCAUCUCACAUGUACUUGGAUUUUUUAUAACAUCGUUCCAUGAUCCAUAUCAUAAUCAACAACUUGUAGAAAGAAUAGUAUUUAUAUUCAAAACAUGAAAAUUAUAUUGACAAGUUAAAUUCUUUGUUUUUAUGUGUUAUGUCUCUUAGUUUGGUAGGCCUAUAUCUCUUGGGUAUGAUGUUGAUAGUAAUAGGGAACUAAUCAAGAUUAUAGCUAGAAACUUGGAGUCUGAUUGGAUGGUUAUUAUUCCAUAUAAUUUGAAGUUGAAUGAAGUUUAUUUGCAAGAGAAGAAAGCGAUGAAUUAGAUAAGAUAAGCUUUGAAAACAUGUGUUAUAGCUAAUAAGUUCUGAUAAAGUGAUAAGAGUUACCUAAGUUUAAACCAUCAUUAUAAGUUUUGAUGAAGUCUGAAAAGUUUUAAUAAAUUUAGAUAAUAUAAACUAAUUAAUAAGUCUAGUAAGUAAAUAUAUUAAGUGAAUUGGACACACCUUAACUUUGUAUUCCAUACACUUGCUUUUUCACUAAUCUAAAAAUUUAUUAAUGCAUAGUCCAUUGUUAAUUGAAAUCGUAUACCCUAGCUUAUUCAUCCUUACAUAAAAUUAUUACUAGCAUAUGAAAUCACACAAACUAUUGGGUGUAGGGGUGGCAAAAACUGACCCGACCCGAAAACCCGACCCGAACCCGACCCGAAAAUAGCAGGUUAGGGUUGAGAAUUUCGACACGAAAACUUAAAUGGGUUGACACGAACCCGACCCGAAAUUAAAUGGGUUAGGUUAAGGUUGAAAAUUUCAACCCGAAAAUGACCCACAUAACCCGAAAAUAAUUUUCGGGUCAAAAUCAGGUUGGGUUGACCCGAACCCGACCUUAUAACCCGAAUAAAAAAGUCUUAAAAAAAAAAUCAUUUUAAUGGCUAAUGGCCCAAGCCCAAUUUAAAGUUCUAAACCUAAAAAAACCCUAAAUGUGACUAACCCCCACCAGCCGUUUUGUCUCCUAUUUUCUCAUUUUGCCCUCUCUCUCUCUCUCUCUCUCUCUCUCUCUCUCUCUCUCUCUCUAAACUUCUCUGGUACUCAUUUUCUCAACAAUCUCAAGUUCUCAGACACUCCACACUCACUCUUUCCUUCUAGUUCUUUCUCACUCUUUCGUUCUCAAGUUCUCAACUUUUCCCUCUUCUCACUCCUCAACGCCUGAAAGGUAAUGGUUAUUAAUUGUUUUUUAUUUCGUUUCGUUUUUGUUUUGAAUUUCAAGUUCUGAUUCUGAAUUUUCCAUUCUUGUUUUUUUUUUCAAAUCUUCAAAUCUUCAUCUCCUUCAAGCCGUCAAACCUCAAACUCUCAAAGUAAUUAUGGAUGCCGAUGUUCAGCAACUUUCUUCCGAGGAAGAGAAGAUUGACUCGACAACACAAGACAAAGGAAAUGGUAAAAACCAGAAAACUUCUUCUGGUAAACCUCGUGUGAUUCUUACUGGUAAGAAACGUCAACGUCGGCUUUCUUCUGGUGUUUGGGUGAAUUUUGAUUUUUUAGACGAGCCUCAUCAAAAUGGUAAUCUAACUUGCAAAUGUAAAAAGUGUGGUAUACAUUUUAAUGCUGAUAGUAAGAAUGGAAUUGGGAAUCUUUAUCGUCAUUUGAAAAAUUGCAAACAAAGGUCUUUUAGGGAUGUUGGUCAAAUGAUAUUAGAGAAAACGUCCUCUGGUUUAGGAAAUAGAUUGCGUGAAUUUGAUGCUAAUUAUUUCCGUGAAUUAUUAUCUCUUGCUAUUGUGGAGCAUGAUAUGCUAUUUCAGUUUGUAGAGUUCAAGGGUUUUAGGAGAUGUUUUAAUUAUUUGCAUCCUGAUUUCAAACCUGUCACUCGAAAUACUAUCAAAUCUGAUGUACUUAAGAUGUAUAAAAGAGGGAAAGAAAAAUUAAAAGCUGUUUUGGGCUCAACUUGUAGUAGAAUUGCAUUGACUUCUGAUUGUUGGACUUCUAUAACCACUGAUGGUUAUAUUUCAUUGACAGCUCAUUAUGUUGACAAGUCUUGGUGUUUGAAAAAAAAGAUUUUGAACUUUUCUUACAUUGGUCCUCCCCAUACAGAAAUUCAUUUAUGUGAUUAUGUGUAUGGUUUGAUAAAAGAAUGGGGUAUUCAAAAAAAUAUUUUUUCAAUUACAUUAGAUAAUGCUUCUUCAAAUAAUGUUUUUGCUGAAAACCUAAAAGGGGAACUUGAGUUGAUUUGUGGUGGGGAAUUUUUUCAUGUAAGGUGUUGUGCUCACAUUCUUAAUUUAAUUGUUCAAGAUGGUUUAAAAGAAAUUGAUGAGGUUGUGUAUAAGAUUAGAGAGAGUGCCAAAUAUUCUUUAAUUCACUUUCAAAAAGUUGAUGCCAAUUAUGUACAUUGUCCUUCUGUUGAAGAAUGGGGUAGAGUUGAAAAAAUAUGCAAGUUUUUGAAAGUUUUUCAUUAUGUCACACUUGCCUUUUCUGGGACCAAAUAUCCAACUUCCAAUCUCUACUUUCAUAGAGUCUUACAAGUUAGGUUGUUGUUACAAAAUGAAAUGAAAAGUUCAGAUCUUUUUAUGCAAAAAAUGGCUUGUAAAAUGUAUGAGAAAUUUGGAAAGUAUUGGUCAGAAUUUAGUACAUUUAUGGUUGUUGCUGUGGUGUUGGAUCCACGAUAUAAUUUGCAAUGUGUCAAUUGGGGUUACAUGAGGAUAUAUGGUCAGCAUAGUGUUGAAUAA